AUGUGUUUCUUACGGUUUACAAACCACAUCGUCGGCCGUGGACCUCGCUGACUUGCUGCAGGUUAGGUUUGUUCCGUUUGUUAUGUAACGUAUGUCACACAAAUUUCGCUGCGCCGCCGCCACUGGCCGCCAGCCGCUACUUCUGUCACUGCUCGUUCGCAAGAGGCGCCGAUUCGAAUUUCCCUGAAAUCUUGAGUGGAAACAUCCCGAUAUCGAAAUCGCGAGUCACGAGAGAGAAAGAGAGAAACGGUGUAGAGGAAGACGCACGUUUACUUUUGUAGCGCAAGCGAUCACGGUCCGAGAAUCUUAGUCGAGAGCUGUUCGAGGAAAUGCAUAACCUGAAUCUUCAAGGGGAAGUGACGAACUCUUCAUAAUUCCGUUUUUCACUUCGCGAGAUCGGAGAGAUAAUUUCCUGCUUAUCUACUCAUCGGCAUUUGGAUAGCUGGACGUGACCCUACACCCGGAGUGCAAAGAGCGAGCACUGCCAGAGAGUACAAUCGGUGAUUGAAAACAAAUGGGAAUAUUACGACACUGAGCUCGAUUAUUCUUAAAUUACUUCUUCAUAGCUUCGGUUGUCUUCUGCUAACUUAGAAGUUUCACAUAAGAGUUUUACGAAAGAGAGAAAGGUGGGCCACGAGAAGAGAAAUAUAUCUAUUCUGUGACAUCUACUUUGUGACCUGACAGGAUGAGAAACGAGAGGAGGAGAACUAGAAAUUUACAGAACCCAUCUCCAAAGUCGAAAGAGACAGAGAUCCUGUGGUCAGACAUAGCUGGUCGCAUUUUAAUAAAUGCGAUUUCUUAUCCUAUUGAGUACGCGAAAGUUCUGAUACAGAUUGGAUAUGAACCUAUUCCACCCAAACCGACUGUAACAUUGUUUGGGAAGCCAGCGCUGAAACUACCCAAUGCCUUCACGUAUAUUAAACACAUAAAGAGCGUGGAUGGCUUCACAGGCUGCUACAGAGGCUUAGUGCCCAAGGUGUGUUCUUACACAGUUAGUACGUUAGCGUGUGACAAGACUUUGGAAUAUCUACAGCCAAACUCGGUGGAACAGAACGAGGAUGAGGAUGACGAAAACGAAAACGUGAGACGUAAAAGAUGCAUGAACGAGAUCAUCAGGGACGUAAUCAGUAGAACAGUCGCAAUUAUAGUUAGCCAUCCUCUGGAAAUCAUUUCAUUAAGGAUGAUGGCACAAUUUGUAGGUGGAGAGACAAGAUAUAGUAGUCUAUUCGGCUCGUUCCUGGAAAUCUACAGGGAGAAUGGAAUCCUAGGAUAUUACGCGGGAUUAAUACCGCGCGUUAUAGGAAGCGCCGCAGUUAUAGUUCUAACUGGUAUCUCGACAUAUGCUAUUAAUAAUUAUAUCAUACAAGAGCCUGCAAUGAAACCGUACACCGCAUCAACCAUGAAAUUUGUAGCCACAACUGUUAUGUACCCGUUCCUAGUAGUGUCGCACUGCAUGGCAGUAAAUGACUGUGGGUUGGUAGCUGGUCUCCCACCACAUAUGCCGAUCUACAAGAACUGGCUACACUGCUGGUCCCAUCUGUCAACUCACAAUCAGCUGAAGAGAGGCAGCAGUCUGCUAUGGCGUUACUACACAGGGCCACAAAUGCUAUUGAACGGCAAACUGAUACCGAUUAUGGGCGAUAAUUUCUAUCAGCCUAGUUCUUAAUAAGCGCCUCGAGUAAGCCAGACAAGUCUGUUGUAAACCAAAUAAUCUUGUUAUAAACCAAAUGAGUAUCGAUCGAUAAUCGUGUCCAUUUGAUUUUAUUUAUAUAGUGUAUACAUAUAGUAUUUAAAAAAAAGAAAAAAAGUUUUGUCGCAAUAAAUUUCUAUAGAAAAAAUUGUACAAGAA